AUGGCAGAGUUAAAGUACAUUUCUGGAUUUGGGAACGAGUGUGCUUCAGAGGACCCUCGCUGCCCGGGUUCUCUGCCAGAAGGACAGAAUAAUCCGCAAGUCUGCCCCUACAAUCUCUACGCGGAGCAGCUCUCGGGAUCAGCCUUCACUUGUCCACGGAGCACCAAUAAGAGAAGCUGGCUGUAUAGGAUCCUCCCGUCAGUGUCUCACAAGCCCUUUGAGUCCAUUGACCAAGGCCAUAUCACUAACAACUGGGAUGAAGUUGGCCCUGAUCCUAACCAGCUUAGAUGGAAACCGUUUGAGAUUCCAAAAACGUCUCAGAAGAAAGUGGACUUUGUGAGCGGGCUGCACACCUUGUGUGGAGCUGGAGACAUCAAGUCUAACAACGGGCUUGCUAUUCACAUUUUCCUGUGUAACGCCUCCAUGGAGGACAGAUGCUUUUACAAUUCGGAUGGGGAUUUCCUGAUUGUUCCCCAGAAAGGGAAGCUUCUCAUUUACACAGAGUUUGGCAAGAUGCUCCUGCAGCCCAACGAGAUCUGCGUCAUUCAGAGAGGAAUGCGAUUCAGCGUCGAUGUCUUCGAGGAGACCAGGGGCUACAUCCUGGAGGUCUACGGCGUCCACUUUGAGUUACCUGACCUGGGACCCAUUGGAGCAAAUGGCUUGGCCAAUCCUCGUGAUUUCUUGAUCCCUGUUGCCUGGUAUGAAGAUCGUCAAGUGCCAGGUGGCUACACUGUGAUUAAUAAAUACCAAGGCAAGCUGUUUGCUUCCAAACAGAAUGUCUCCCCAUUCAAUGUUGUGGCCUGGCACGGAAACUAUACGCCCUACAAGUACAACCUAGAGAACUUCAUGGUGAUCAAUGCAGUGGCCUUUGACCAUGCGGAUCCUUCCAUUUUCACAGUGCUCACGGCCAAGUCUACCCGACCUGGAGUGGCCAUUGCUGACUUUGUCAUCUUCCCACCUCGGUGGGGCGUGGCAAAUAAGACCUUCCGGCCUCCUUAUUACCACAGGAACUGCAUGAGUGAAUUCAUGGGACUCAUCAAAGGUCACUAUGAGGCAAAGCAAGGUGGAUUCCUGCCAGGGGGAGGCAGCCUGCACAGUGCCAUGACCCCUCACGGUCCGGAUGCAGACUGCUUUGAGAAGGCCAGCAAGGCCCAGUUGGCACCUGAGCGGAUUGCUGAUGGUACCAUGGCAUUUAUGUUUGAGUCUUCCUUGAGCUUGGCAGUCACCAAGUGGGGACUCAAGACCUGCAACUGUCUGGAUGAGAACUACUACAAGUGCUGGGAGCCUCUCAGGAGCCACUUCACCCCCAAUUCCAGAAACCCCACAGGACCUAAGUGA